GGAGGGGGGAAAGAGGAGGAGGAGGGAGAGGGAGGAGGAGAAGAAGAAGAAAAAGAAGAAGAAGAAGACGAGGAGGCAGAAGGGGAGGAGGAGGCCAAACGGACACCAACUGAAACAAAAGUAUUUCCAAACCAGCACCCAACUCCACCUUGUGAGGGCUCCCCCAGCAUGGCUUCCGAGGAACUCUACGAGGUAGAGAGAAUUGUUGACAAGAGGAAAAACAAGAAGGGAAAACCAGAGUAUUUGGUGCGAUGGAAAGGAUACGACAGUGACGAUGAUACUUGGGAGCCAGAACAGCACCUUGUUAAUUGUGAGGAAUAUAUACAUGAAUUUAACAGACGCCACAAUGAAAAGCAGAAAGAAAGCACAUUAACCAGGACAAACAGGACCUCUCCAAAUAAUGCCCGAAAACAAAUUUCUAGAUCUACCAAUAGUUCUUUUUCAAAGACAUCUUCUAAAUCUUUAGUUAUGAGUAAAGAACAUGAGUCAAAAAAUAAUCAACUUUUUUCUGCUGCACAGAAGUUCCGGAAAAACAAUUCACCAUCUCUUUCUGGACGGAAAAAUAUGGACCUUGCAAAAUCAGGUAUUAAAAUCCUAGUGCCCAAAAGUCCAAUUAAGAGUCGGACAACAGUUGAUGGCUUCCAGAAUGAAAGCCCGGAUAAAAUGGACCAUAUAGAGCAGGAUCAAGACGACUCUGUAGCACCAGAAGUAGCAGCAGAAAAACCGGUGGGAGCUUUAUUAGGACCUGGUGCAGAGCGUGCUAGAAUGGGGAGCCGACCAAGGAUACAUCCAUUAGUGCCACAAUUGCCAGUGCCAGUAACAGCCACAAUUGCAUCAGCAUUAACAAUAAAUGGAAAAGCAUCUCCCUGUAUUCUUCCCAGUGUUCUUUACUUCCUAUUUUCUUUGUUUGGAAUCUGA